UGGGUCCACAUUUCACUCCACCCAGGAAGGUAACCACACACCGGAUCGUUCAGAGGAUCAGAGGGUCCUGAUCUGCUCCUGAGGCUUCAUCAGCGUUUUAGAGAAGAGACGCCAGGAUUUAGAUUCAACUAGUGCAACUGGAAUACAACGAUAAUGCCUUCCACUAAGAAGACUCUACAUUUCAUGUCCAGCGCGUUGGCUACUGCCAUAUCUGUUGGGGUGUUGGGGUUUUGCAUGUCAAUACGCUGGGCUAAGACGACUGUAGACUGCGCGUCAGGUAACAACACCUUCUUCAAUGGAUCCGCAACGCUCAAUUUGGACCUUUUUGAAGGGGUGUUGGAAAGAAGCUUUUGUCCCUUCUUUUUACCGGAGGCAACGUUUCAAGUGAUUCCUACGCUGGCAUCAAUAGGAGGUGUCAAUGUAGUCCUGCAUGCCCUGGCUGUGCUCCUGCUGGUCCUGUGUCUGCUGUUUUCCGCCCUCAGCAUCCUCAUCUCCCUCUACAACAGCGUCAGUAAUCCUUACGAGACCUACAUGGGGCCCAUUGGCAUCUACGUCUGCAGCUCGCUCAGCGCUUGCUUGUCCUUCCUGGUCCUCAUUUUGUUCGUGGUGAACGUACAAGUGACCCAAAUUACAGAGAAAUUGGUAAAGAAGCUCGCCAACAAUCUCGAGGUGGCCGUGAGGGACGAGUCCUCGCAGAUGCAGUUGGGAUACUACCUCGUCAUCCCCUACACGGUGCUGUCCCUGGUCGCCAUCCUCUUGAUCUACCUGUACGACCACGCGGCCUACACGCACCGGAGGGAGCAGCAGAGGCCCACCGAGGACGCGCCCAAAGAGAUCAUGAUGUAUUAGUGGCCUGAGCCACUUUCCUCAGGGACUUUCAUACACUGCUCAUGAAGACCGCCUGGAAUACAGACAGAAAUUGGAUGUAUAUGUACAGUAAAAUAUGGAUGCACAGCUCGUUGUACACUAAGAAUAUAUAGUCUAUAGAAAAACACAGUAUCAUGUUUUUAAUGUCAUCACACUACUAGCAACAGUUUUAUCAGUUAUCACACUGGAUUGUUUUUCAGUCAAUUUAGAUUGAUAUCUUUUUUGAUUUUCUUACAAAUCUAUUUAUUCUGUGUAAAAGUAAUUGAACCGAGAGAUGAUCUAUUUUUUUUGAAAAGAGAAAUGAGUCUUGAAGUCUUCCACACGUCAACAUGUCUCACAAAUCAACAGCUUUUUGUGUCUGCAUGAAGUAAGUUAAUGUAAAUAAACAGACAAAGAUGA